UCCCAAUCUCAUCCUUUGGUCAUCUGUUCUAACAGCUCCCCAAAAAUCUCCGAGUGGUUUAAUACUCUUUGGAUCUCUUAAAAUGCAUUUCAAUCAGGUUUCCGUUGUAGUUGUAGCCCUCUUUGGCUGUGUUAUCGCCACUGGAUAUGGUGGUGGUGCUGGUGGUGGUUUUGGAGGUAACCGAGGAUUCGGCGGAGGUGCAGGAGGUGGAUAUGGUGGAGGUGCAGGAGGUGGAUAUGGCGGAGGUGCUGGAGGCGGAUAUGGCGGAGGAGCUGGAGGCAACUACCCUCCCCAACCUUACAACUUCGACUACCAAGCUCGAGAUGAACAAGGCAAUGUCCACUACCGAAAUGAACAAGGUGACCAGUCUGGAGCUGUCCGAGGAUCUUACGGAUACACCGACAACCAGGGUCUGUACAGAGUAGUUGACUACGUUGCUGAUGCCAAUGGAUUCCGUGCCAACGUCAGGACCAACGAACCUGGAACUGACGGCAAAGAAAGCCCCGCUGAUGUCCAACUGACCGCUGAACAGCCACCUGCAGGUAUCCAAGACAGAUACACCCGAGUUGGAGGAGGAUAUGGUGGUGGAGCAGGUUAUGGAGGUGGAGCCGGAGCCGGAGCUGGAGGUUAUGGAGGAGGUGCUGGAGCAGGACGUGGAGGAGCCAGCGGAUUCAGAGGAGGUGCCGGAGGAUUCGGAGGUGCAGGAGGAUUUGGAGGUUUCCGAGGAGGCCACAGUGGAAAGAGCGGAUACUAGAAUAGCCAUUCAUGAUUAUUAGUCUAUUAUAAAUGUCGCUUCCAUAGAAUUUCUAUUUAUUCUUCAAGUGCCUGUCAUUGUUGAAAAGACUGAGACUAGCCUUAUGGACUGCUUAUAACUUUUGCAUUUCGUUCUUCCAUUUGAUGGAAUGUUUUUGUUAUCCUGGUAGUCCGGAAGACACACUUGAAUAAGAAGGCUUUAUGGUUUGGGCUGUCAAAGUUAAAACCCCAUUUUUUUCUUUGUCAUAUUUCAUGGCAAAGAGAUAAUCUUGUCUUUCUGGAGCUGAUAAUUCUGUAAUUUUUGUGAGUGUUAGGAAACUGGAAAUGGCAAUAGUCUGGAAAUUAGAAAGGAUUCUUUAAAAGUUUUAAACAUUUUCAAGAAUUUUUUCUGAGAACUUAUGUUUAUAAUUAGCACAAUUAAAAUAUUUUCAUUUUGAAUGAUAGCUUUGAAAGGGUGUUUUCAUGAUCAUUCUUUAUAGCUUAAAUCAUUAUGAAAAACCACAUUAGGCAUUCGUUACAUAAAUAGUAAAAGGUAAAUAUACGAUUAAAAAAUCAAUUUUAAAUUUGUUUAUUAGUUGGUUACUGAUAGACCUCAUAAAAUUUAGUUUAAAGUUACGCCACCAGAUGGCGCGCGUUCAGUUUCAGACUGAUGCCAAAUUCUACUUGCUAUUUAUUCACAAAAAUAACAGAACCUUUCGGGCAUUACGUGUGAAAUAUCACGACUUAGGAUAGUGUUUAAUUGUGAUUAUUUAAGUGCUCCAUCAUUUACACUACGCUGCUAACUUUUGUAAUUUCAAAAGGGCUUCAUUUGUUUCUCAUGUUGAUUUCUUACUUUUUUUGUAAAUGGUGAAUAGAUUUUCAUUUUUAUAUGUGGUUGAUGAUGUCAUGUACAUUCGGGUGUCAUAUAUAUUUUCAAAUAAACUGCAUUUAAUAGAAA